AUGCAGCACUGAUAGGCGGCACUGAUAGGUGACACUGAUGAUGGGUACUGAUAGACGGCACUGACUGGCAUCACUUCUGGGCACUGACUGGCACAACCCCUGGGCACUGACUGGUGGCACUGACUGGCAGCACUGGUGGGUGGCACUGGUGGACAGCACUGGUGGGUGGGCACAGGUGGGUGGGCACAUGUGGGUGGCACUGCUGGGCACAUGUAGGUGGCACUGCUGGGCACAGGUAGGUGGCACUGCAGAGUGGCACAGGUGGGGGCACUGCUGGGCACAGGUGGGGGCACUGCUGGGCACAGGUGGGGGCACUGCUGGGAAUGGGUGG